UUUUGACAGUCACUGUUAUACACUUUGGCGCCAUUCACAUAUGACGUUUACCAACCUGUGGUUUUAUUAAAGCAUAGCAACACUUACCAACACUGUUUUGCUAAUCUCUCUGUCCAGUCGGUUUGCUUUCAUUACAUUUGUCAUCGUCGUUUUAUUGUUAGCUGCGGAGGUGUUGUCAAAAUGAUGCAUUUCAAUAAAAAUGCAAUAAAAACUCAAUAAUACUACAAUAAAACAUGCAAAAAUAUACAGAAAAAGUGCAUACAACGGAUAAAGAAGAGCCGGAAGUUGUUUGGGUUAAGAGAAAAGAGAAAGACAAGCAGCAGCCGCAAGGCCACACUAAGGAAACGGAAGAAGGUAAUGAAGUGAAACCACCACUGCCCAUAGUCUAUGGCAAAAACUAUGGAGUACAUUUUGCGAAAUUGGAAAAGUUGCAUCCAUUUGAUGCACAAAAAGGCAAAAAUAUAAAGGAGUUACUUGUGAAAACUCAAGUGGUGCCUCUGGGCAAAUUCUAUGAGCCUGCUGAGAUUACCAAAGAGGAAUUGCUGCAUGUGCACAAAGAGAAAUAUUUACGCAGCCUUAAGUGGAGCUUGAACGUGGCGAAAAUAGCUGAGAUUCCCAUUUUAGUGUUUGUUCCCAAUUGCUGGGUACAAUGUGGCUAUUUAAAGCCCAUGCGCUUUCAAGCUGCCGGCUCCAUAAUGGCUGGCAAAUUGGCCUUGGAAUAUGGUUGGGCCAUUAAUUUGGGUGGUGGUUUCCACCACUGUUGUUCCUACAAGGGUGGAGGUUUUUGUCCCUAUGCUGAUAUUACUCUACUAAUACAACGUGUUUUUGCCGAGGAGAGUCAUAUAACACAAGUAAUGAUAGUCGAUUUGGAUGCCCAUCAGGGAAAUGGCCAUGAAAGAGAUUUCAUGGAUAAUCCCUAUGUCUAUAUAUUGGAUAUGUAUAAUUUUCGCAUAUAUCCCAAAGAUCAUGAGGCCAAAUUGGCCAUACGUUAUGCUGUGGAAUUGAAGCCAAGGACUGCCAAUAAGGAGUAUUUGGCAAAGUUGAAGAAGGGUUUGAAUUUUGCUUUACAGGAAUUUCGUCCCCAAUUGAUUGUCUACAAUGCUGGCACUGAUAUUUUAGAAGGUGAUCCCUUGGGUUAUUUGUCCAUAACGCCGGAGGGUGUCAUGGAACGUGAUCAAUUUGUCUUUGCCACAUGUCGAUCCCAAGGUAUUCCCAUUGUUAUGCUCUUAAGUGGUGGUUAUUUAAAGGCUUCCGCCAAAGUUAUAGCCGAUUCUAUAUUGAAUUUAAAACAAAAGGGCUUGCUGCACACUAUCUAAAAUAUAGAAAAUUUUGCAAAAUAUGUUGCAUUAAAAAUUUGAAGAACUUACUUUAAAAAUAAGCAUUGUAUUAGGAUACACCAACACAAAGUAAAGUUACUUGCCAAAAACCAAAGGUGAAAGUUGUAGUUGUCGAAAUAUGUCGAUUAAAAGGCGAAAAGUUGAAAAGUUAAAGUUGAUAAACUUUUAUGACGAAUACUUUCGAACAUGAGUGUAUCCUGGCAUAGUUUCAAUUUGAACUUAACUUAGACCUUGCAAUUUUAAAUAAGCGUUUUUUCUAAUUUAUAACUGUUUAUAAGUUAAAAUUGUGUACCUUGUGCUCUCGCCACUUGAGUUGGAAAACGUAAAAGUCUGUGAUGGAAUUGUUUAAAUGAAUAGUUAUUCUAAUAA